AGUUAUCUCCCCCUCCACCUAAAUCUGUAAUGGUGCCUAAGCCAUUAAAGAUUACAUAGCCUUAUCUCAGCCAAAGCAUUUACAUACCAAUGAAGGAGCCACUAGCAGCUACCCAAUUAUCCAUUCAGCACUGGGACCAUACAAAACGAUAAGAUGCAGCAGCAUCACCCAAAAAUAUUGCCUCCAUGAAUGUGAUAAGUGAAUUUAUGAAUGUGUUCUUCUCAUGUUCUCUUGACUACAUUUCCACGUGUUUUUAUUGAAAUAUAAGGUUGUCAAACGGUGAUUUAACACUGUCUUAGAGCGCAUUGUGCUUAAAGUUGCCAGUAUGUUUCUGUUAUCCUUUUCCACUUGUUUGACUUAGCUUAUUUGAAUAAGUCUUACAUGCAGUCACACGGCAGCACUGGAGACGCUGCCCUAAUAGGCUACAUGAUCUCCAUGACGACUCAUCAUCAGCUGGAGCACAGUACACCGUAGCCCUGCGCUGCGCCCUGAGGACUUCUUGCGUCUCUGCUCCCCACUUGAGGACAGAUGGAUCUGACAUCGGAGCGCACCAGCAGCGGCACAGUUUGACUUUUCUCCAUCCCAUGAAAACGGAUCGCUUCUGUCUUAUCCCGGUUAUUGGUCAGGGUUCCAAUGGAUAUCUACUCCUCCACUUUAUCACCUGCGCUAGAUAUCGGCGCAGGAUGUUACCUGCUUAUAUUAGCUGUGCUCUCCAUCCUGGGAAACCUGCUGGUCCUCAUUAUGGCAUUCAAAAGGUCAUCAAGGAUGAAGCCACCAGAGCUACUGAGUGUUAAUCUGGCAGUGACAGACCUAGGGGCCGCUGUCACCAUGUACCCCCUGGCUGUGGCCUCUGCCUGGAGCCACCGAUGGCUCGGGGGAGAUGUUACCUGUAUUUAUUAUGGCCUGGCAGGAUUCUUCUUUGGCGUGGCCAGCAUCAUGAACCUGACUAUCUUGGCCAUAGUGCGCUUCAUUGUGUCCCUCAAUCUGCAGUCUCCCAAGGAGAAAAUCAGCUGGAGGAAGGUGAAGAUGCUGUGCUUGUGGACGUGGCUGUACGCAUUGCUCUGGGCUCUGUUCCCCUUACUGGGCUGGGGGCGGUACGGCCCGGAGCCCUUCGGCCUGUCUUGCUCUCUUGCCUGGGGACAAAUGAAGCAUGAAGGCUUCUCUUUCGUCAUCUCCAUGUUCUCUUUCAACCUCAUCAUGCCUUCUGUCAUCAUCACCUGCUGCUAUUUUGGCAUCGCCAUCAAGCUGUAUUACACCUACAAAAAGGCGAUGAACAACAGCAACCGAAUCCCCAACAUUGUCAAGCUCCAUCGAAGGCUGUUAAUAAUCGCUGUUUUGAUCAGUGUAGGCUUCAUAGGCUGCUGGGCUCCAUAUGGUGUGUUAAGCCUAUGGUCAGUUUUGCGUGACAGUAGCACCAUCCCGCCUGAAGUCACUCUGCUGCCGUGUAUGUUUGCAAAGAGCUCCACUGUAUACAAUCCCAUAAUCUACUACAUCUUCAGCCAGAGCUUCAAAAGCGAGGUAAAGCAGAUGCGCUGGCUGUGUCUAGGCUGCAAUCCAAGCCACUCCAACGGCAUCAAUGACAACAGCAUUUAUUUGGUCAGCACUGGCAUGAAACCAAAGGUAGCUGCCCGGUCUACUUUUCAGGAGAUCAUGGAGCCAAAGACAGAGACUUUGGAUUGAAAGACUUGAUUGUUUCUUCGGACAUGCUUCAGAGGAAAGAAUUUACUUCUCAACAAACACUUUUUUGUGCUCUUAACUGUAAAGAAAAAAACAAAUUAGUGGUCUCAUCAUGGGCACCUGGUUAUGUUUUAAACUGAGGGAGCAAACUUGGAAAGAUACAUAAUUUGGGGGGUCUGGGGGUCCUCGAUCCCU